AGAACGCCCACAAGCCGCACCACCGACAUUUCCUCUGUUCCCUCAAAAGAUUCAAAAGACUACCAGGACCAUAGUGCAACCGCGUGUGUGCCCCGUCAAUACGUCGCAUCUCGCUGCUCGGAUGCCGUGAGAUCCAAUUCCCAGGGAGCAGCGGGCGCGGCGCCACCAACCUCGAAAGACUACAAAGCCCAUCAAGCAACUCGCGGACCUCCGCCUCCGACGACUGGCCGAAAACCGACCGGCACCCAGGAUCCUCCGCGGGGCAAGAUGGCCACGCCGGGAGCGGAAGCGGAGCCGACAGGGUGCUAGGCCCUACGCCUCCUCGGUCUUUCCUGAGGAACUUACGGGUCCGAGGAGGGAAACUCACGGACCUGUCAGGCAAAUGCGUAUUGCCUUUUCUCGCCGUGGCCAUGGGGCCGUCCUGAUAGAGCCUUGGAACUGACAGGCAACCAUAGCAUUUCGCAGUCCCGACUUGGAACCUCCCCAGGACUGCAGAGUAAGCGCCGCCUCUGCGUUCCGACAGAGGCACGAGGCCAGUCAAGCAGGUCCCUCUGUCCCGACAGGUGCGACACUGAGCACUCCAUGCCUGCGGGCGCGGGGAGGCAUGGCCCCCCCCAGGGCCGCCACCUCUGCUGGUUGCUCUGCGCUUUCACUUUAAAGCUCUGCCAAGCAGAGGCUCCCGUGCGGGAGGAGAAGCUGUCAGUGAGCACCUCAAAUUUGCCGUGCUGGCUGGUGGAAGAAUUUGUGGUGGCAGAAGAGUGUGCUCCGUGUUCUAACUUCCAGGCUAAAACCACCCCUGAGUGUGGUUCCACAGGGUAUGUGGAGAAAAUCACAUGCAGCUCAUCUAAGAGGAACGAGUUCAAAAGCUGCCGUUCAGCUCUGAUGGAACAACACUUAUUCUGGAAAUUUGAAGGGGCUGUUGUGAGUGUGGCCUUGGUCUUUGCUUGCCUUGUCAUCGUUCGUCACCGACAGCUGGACAGAAAGGCUCUGGAAAAGGUCCGGAAGCAAAUUGAGUCCAUAUAGCUACCUUCUCCCCUUUUAUGGGGUCUUAGAGACCCUAUUGCAGACAGAGAAAGUGGAACGGACUGACUCAUGCCCCUGGUUCUCUGGAACCUUAUGGUGGCACCCCCUUUCUCCCAUCUUCCUCAUCUAAAUCACUAAUGAGUGGAAUAAAAAGUAGAAUCAUU